AACUGAAAUUACAAAAAUACCCCCCAACCGGCAACCCCCAAAAAGAGUGAUAGAGAGAGAAACCCCAUUAAGCUCAAACUGAGUUCAUCCCAAAAACCCCUGAAAAAUGUCCUCCUGUCAACUGUGAACUGUGAAGUAACCUCUCUAAUCUCAUCCUAUGCAUUAGAAUUACAGCAAUAUGAUGAUGACAAUUACCAAUAAUUUCUGCAAAAAUUUUGAUUUCAUUUUCUUCAACAAUACCCAUUUUUUAAUUUCCCCUCAAAACCCCAUUAAAUCUUCUUCUUCAUCUUCUUCUAAGUUGAGAAUUUCUUCAAAAUCUCCCAAUUUUUGCUCCAUUAAUUCCUUCCUUCGUCUCUCUAAUCCUAGAAAAACCCUUAAAUUUAAAACCCAUUGUAAUUCCAACUCCAAUUUUACAUCAACUGGAGAUAAUAAGCAAGCAGAUGAAGUUGAAGAAGAUGACACUGAGGCGUUUCAGCUUUUUCAGAAAGUUAGAGAUGCAGAGAGAGAAAGAGUAAAGAAGCAGGAAGAGUUUGAGAACAAAGCAAAUGUGCAAUUGGAGAGGCAGCUUGUAAUGGCCUCUGAAUGGAGCAGAACCUUGUUGACUAUGCGUGGGAAAUUGAAAGGAACUGAGUGGGAUCCUGUGAAUUCACACAAAAUUGAUUAUAGUGAAUUUAUGAGUCUCUUAAACACAAAGAAUGUCAAAUUUAUGGAAUACUCAAAUUUUGGUCAGACUAUAUCAGUGAUAUUGCCUCACUACAAAGAUGGGAUGGUAAAAGGAAUCUCUGAAGAAAACCCAAAAGAGGAAGUUGUUUUUAAGCGCCAUGUAGUUGACCGGAUGCCAAUUGAUUGUUGGAAUGAUGUUUGGCAUAAGUUGCAUCAACAAUUGGUAAGUGUUGAUGUAAUAAAUGAGAACACAGUGCCUGCAGAAGUCUAUUCUUCUGUUGCAACAGCUGUCGUAUGGUCUAUGAGGCUAGCUCUUUCCAUAAUGUUGUAUCUAUGGAUUGAUAGUGUUACAAGGCCAAUAUAUGCCAAGUUAAUCCCUUGUGAUUUGGGGAAACCCAGCAAAAAGGUGAGACAGCCCCUUAAGCGUCGUGCAUUGGGAUCAUUGGGGAAGAGUCGAGCGAAAUUUAUAUCUGCAGAAGAAAGAACAGGAGUGACAUUUGAUGAUUUUGCUGGCCAAGAGUAUAUAAAACGAGAAUUGCAAGAGAUUGUACGGAUUCUAAAAAAUGAAGAAGAGUUUCAGGAUAAAGGCAUUUAUUGCCCCAAGGGUGUGUUACUUCAUGGCCCUCCAGGAACUGGUAAAACAUUAUUAGCUAAAGCUAUUGCUGGGGAAGCAGGACUUCCUUUCUUUGCUGCCAAUGGGACGGAUUUCGUAGAGAUGUUUGUUGGUGUAGCAGCAUCUCGGGUGAAGGACCUUUUUGCUAGUGCUAGAUCAUUUUCUCCUUCUAUCAUUUUUAUUGAUGAGAUCGAUGCUAUUGGUAGCAAGCGUGGUGGCCCUGACAUUGGAGGUGGCGGGGCUGAAAGAGAACAAGGUCUGCUUCAAAUAUUAACUGAAAUGGAUGGGUUUAAAGUUUCCACAUCACAGGUGUUGGUCAUCGGAGCUACCAAUCGACUAGAUAUCCUUGAUCCUGCCUUGCUGAGAAAAGGAAGAUUUGACAAGAUUGUAAGAGUUGGUCUACCCUCCAAAGAUGGCAGAUUGGCUAUAUUGAAGGUACAUGCAAGGAACAAGUUUUUUCGUUCUGAAGAGGAAAAAGAAGUAUUGCUGCAGGAAGUGGCAGAGCUAACUGAAGAUUUUACUGGAGCAGAGCUACAGAAUAUUCUCAAUGAAGCUGGAAUAUUGACUGCUAGGAAAGAUCAAGACCACAUUGGCAGAGAAGAACUACUGGAGGCCUUGAAAAGGCAACAGGGUACAUUUGAAACUGGAAUAGAAGACACAAAGGAAAUUCCAGAGGAGUUGAAGGUGAGAUUAGCUUACAGAGAAGCAGCUAUUGCCGUCUUGGCUUGUUAUUUUCCUGACCCAUAUCGUCCUUUUGUUGAGACCAACAUUAAGUCAGUUCAAAGCCAGCCUAGUAUGCGUUAUGCUGAAGUUUCUGGAAGGGUGUUCUUGAAAAAAUCAGAUUAUGUGAACUCCAUUGUUCGAGCUUGUGCUCCCAGGGUUAUUGAAGAAGAGAUCUUUGGGAUAGAUAAUUUGUGCUGGAUUUCAUCGAAAGCUACUCUUGAAGCUUCAAGAUUAGCUGAGUUUUUGAUUUUGCAAACAGGGAUGACAGCUUUUGGAAAAGCAUAUUAUAGACAUCAGCGCGAUCUUGUCCCAAAUCUUGCUCCCAAACUUGAAGCUCUAAGAGAGGAAUACAUGCGUUUUUCUAUUGAGAAAUGUUCAUCGGUGUUGAGGGAACACUAUGCUGCUGUGGAGACGAUAACAGAUGAACUCCUUGAUAAGGGAGAGAUUAAUGCCUCAAAAAUAUGGGAGAUUUUUCAAACAUCUCCCCGAAUUUCUCAGCCAGCUGUUGAUCCUGUUGACGAGUACGGUGCUUUGGUUUAUGCUGGAAGAUGGGGUAUACAUGGUAUCACUUGUCCAGGAAGGGUUACCUUUGCACCCGGUAAUGUGGGAUUUUCAACCUUUGGGGCACCUCGUCCCAUGGAAACCCAAAUUAUUAGUGAUGAAACCUGGAAGCUAGUAGAUGAUAUUUGGGAUAAAAGGGUUGAGGAGAUGAGAGAUGAAAUUUUGAAAGAGGUUGAAGAAGAAAAGGAGAGACCAGCACUCUUGAUGGCUAGCCAUUUCCUAUGAUAUCAUGAUUCUCAAGCAGAAGACUCAUCUUACAUCUUGUAUCUCUUGUUGGCAGUUAUUGCAGCUUUAAAUGAGAUCAUCAUAUCUAUAUAUACAUGCUCAUUUAUAGCAGAUUUUGAUAGCAGUUGAUGAGAUUUUGGCAUCAAUAGCAGUUCUUCAGGUACAUUAAGAUAGGAGAAGUGGACUCAUUGAAGAAGCUGCAUAUCGAGGCAAGUUUAGGCUCUCAGAUGGGUUCGGCGUCAUUAUUUUGAGCAAUACAUGCAACCCUUAAAUUGUUCUUAAACUUUUUUUUUUUUGGGCUGGGGGGAGGGGUUGGCUCUGUUGGUGUGUGAGGUGUUGUGAAAUUGCAAAGCAAUCUGUAUGUUGCAAAUUGUACCAUGAAUUUUUUUGUCAAUGUCAAGGGAAGAAGGAAUGAUAAGUAAGUUGAAUACAUACUCUCAUUAACAAAAUUUAUGCCACCAUUAGAAUUCUCUGGAAAA